AUGGUGGCAGGCACUAGCUCAAAAACAAUUGUGACAGUAGACCCAGACACACCUGAAGCACACAGCCUGCGCCAGUUUGGCCUGCAUCACAGCUCUCUCUUGUCACCUGAACUGGAUUUUGCUGACAACAAAGACCCGGACGUGGAGACCAUCACCAAUGUGUUGACUGUGAGAGCAGCACAAGCUCUCCAACAGGAUGUCAGCAGCUCUGGACAGUCUGGCUAUGGUGUGAUGUUUGCCUUCUUGUCUCAGUUUGACGUGGAUGCUGACACCAGCACGGUGUUGAAGCAAGUCUGUUCCAGGUGUCGUAGACGUGUUUAUGAAAGUUCAGACUACAAGUGUACCAACUCCAGUUGUACAGGUGAACACACAGCGCAUGAUGAACCACCUGAUAUGGAAUACAGUAUCACAGUCAGUCUGACAGACCACACUGGCAGCUUGGAGUUGUGCCACCUGUUGCCAGAUGUUGCUGAGCAGAUGUUGGGCUGUAAAGCAAGAGAAUGGCCGAAUCUACACUCAGCUGAGAAAACAAACAUCAAAUGGAUCUAUCUUCUAGAGAGAGCCAGAGCUGUCAUCAAGAUGAAACGAGUUGAUGACAGAACUGGUGCCAGGUGUUUUAUCCAUGUUCUGGCCUUGGAGAAAGCAGAUCCUCAACAGUUGCUGGAUCAGGGAUUGACAGGUUCCUAG